AUGGACUUCUCCGGCGAUGUCAAGCAGGCGAUCCCCCGCCCGGCCGUCGCUUUCGGCGGCAUCGGCAGCGCUGGCCCGUCCCCGCUGCUCCGCGGCUGGCGGGAGUUCAGGCGGAGCGGCGCGCCCGUCAGGUUCCUCUGCUUCGAGGACGGCGCGUGGGCUGAUGUCGAGGGCGAGGCCGCUGUGCCUCUGCGCCGGGCGUUCCUGGACGGGAGGGUGGUCGCUGAGGCUGCCUAUGGCGGCAGGGAGUUCCUGUUCGACUUCUUGCGGAUGGUGCGCAUCGACACUGGCACCGCCCAGGAGGUCGCCAUGGGCUGGAUUGACGACCGCGGGGCCUGCUUCUUCCCUGUGCCGGACAGCGGGCGGAAGAGGAAGAGGGGCGAGCCUGAGCUGGAGGACGGGGCGUCGUCCGGGGUGGAGGAGGGGUCCGACGAGAGCAGCGACACGGUGGAGUCCGGCAGGGUCGGCAAGGCGGCCCGCGGGACUUGGGGCAGGGCGGUGAGGCUGGUGGAGACGGACAAGUUCUACCAGGUUGUCAAGAAGCUCUUCCUCAGCGGGAUUGCCCCCCGGGUGGGCGGCGGCGUGGCGAUCACGGCGGUGCACAAGGUCGCGCAGGGUCCUCGGUGCAGGGCGUUCCAGCAGCAGGGACAGCUCCUGGCCGCUGCGCGCGGCGCCGACGGGGGCAAUGCCAAGUUCGCGUGGUACGGCGCGCCGUCGGCGGACGUGGCCGCGGCGGUGGAGCACGGGUUCGGCAGGACGAACAGCCGCGUCCUCGGCCAUCGCGCGCACGGCGACGGCGUCCACCUCUCGCCGCCUCAGUCUCCUUUCGCCAGCGCAAUGCUAGCAAAUGCAGAUGAGAACGGCGAGGCGCACAUCGUGCUGUGCCGUGUUCUGAUGGGCCGGCCAGAGGCCAUCCCAGCCGGGUCCUCCCAGCUCCACCCCAGCAGUGAUAAUUACGACAGCGCCGUCGACAACAUGCAGAAUCCCCAGUGGUACCUUGUUUGGAGCAAGGACAUGAACACGAGGAUCCUCCCAGAGUACGUCGUCAGCUUCAAGUGCCCCAGCCUCCGUCAGAUGCAAGGAUCAUCGGAAGCGACCUCCCAGCUAAAGAAGCCUUCGCCGGUGGCCCGUGACAUGUUUCCGACGCUUCUAGCAGAGAUCCAGCGGUUCGUGCCAUUGUCCAAGCUGCAGACAUUACAGGGGACCUACAAUCGCUUCAAGAAAGGGCAGAUGAAGAAGGAUCAGUUCAUCCGAUUCUUGCGCGCCUUCAUCGGCGACAGGGUGUUGACAGCAGUUGCCAAGAAACUCCGAGGAUACUGA